ACUGAGAAGUCGUCACUAUACAGUCUAACGUGCGCUAAAUACCAAAUACACGAAUAAACGGCUCGAGUCUACAGUAGUACAGACGUACAGUACCUAUUAUUAUAGUCAGUACUACAAUUGUACUUAUGCCGUAUGGUUCCGAGUUGGGAUACCUACAUUAAUCGUGCAUUUCUAUAAUUUAUUUUUCUAGAAAUCAAUUCAAAUCGAUCUUUUUACUUUUCAGUCGUAAACGCUACUUGUAAUUUUUUACUAAAGUAUAAUAAAUAAUAAUACUAUACGACAGUCAUUUUUCAGACAGGUAAAAAAUAUUUUAUUCGACUAUACAUUCGGAGAAAUAAAAAUGACAUCGAUACCGAAAAACGUAAAAUUACGCCGAGAACUGGGUCUAUUCAGUGCCGUCUGCCUCAUUAUCAGCGUAAUGUUGGGAUCGGGAAUAUUCGUGUCUCCAGCCAAUGCGUUAAAAAACACAGGAUCUGUGGGCAUGUGUCUGAUCAUUUGGGCGUCUUGCGGGCUGUUAUCGCUUUUAGGUGCCAUGUCGUACGCCGAACUUGGCACGGUGGUAAAUAAGUCGGGAGGCGAGUUCAGUUUCUAUCAAUCUGCAUUCGCUGAUAUGCAUAAGUUCUGGGGACCUCUGCCGAGUUUCAUAUACUCUUGGGUGAGUAUCAUGUACGUUCGUCCAGCCGAGGUGGCCAUCAUUAUAUUGACGUUCUCCGAAUACUUCAUCCGGCCGUUCAGCAUUUUGACUUCCAUGACGCCCGAAACUGAACAUACAGUGAAAAAAACUGUCAGCAUACUUGCACUCGGUAUCAUAACUUUUAUCAACUAUACUAGUGUCAAGUGUUUCAUAAAAAUCCAAAACGUGUUCACUAUAUGUAAAGUUACCGCCUGCAUAUUUGUCAUAAUAGGUGGAUUAUAUCAACUCUACCAGGGAAAUACUAAGAAUUUGAUGACCGGUUUCGAGGGCACGACGUUAUCUAUAGACACGCUCCCGAUAGCCUUUUACAGCGGCCUUUGGGCAUACGAUGGAUGGACGGCUACAACUGUGGUAUCCGAAGAAAUCAAGAAUCCUCAAAGAAACAUACUGCUCAGUAUUCUUUUGGCGGUACCGUUUGUCACAAUGAUUUAUGUUCUGAUGAACGUAUCGUACUUAACAGUCCUGUCGGUCGCGGAAAUGACUUCAGUCCAAGCGGUAGCGGUAGAAUUUGGAACUCGAGCAUUGGGAAGUUUUAGUUUUAUUAUUCCGCUCGGUGUAGCCAUGGCAACAUUUGGUUGUGCGCUCAGUGUCCAAUUUGGAAUAACCAGGUUAUGCUUCGCAGCGAGUAGAGAAGGUCAAAUGUUAGAAGUCUUCUCUUACGUGAGCGUAAAAAAGCUAACUCCCGCUCCCGCUGUAGUUUUACAGGGCUUGCUCACGUUAAUUUGUCUAUUGUGUGGAGACAUUGUGGUGUUAAUAGAGUUCGCUAGCUUUUUAGUGUGGAUGUUCUACGGUAUCUCCAUGGCGGCAUUGAUAGUGAUGCGUUAUACCAAGAGAGACGUUAAACGUCCAUUCAAAGUUCCAAUCAUAAUUCCGAUAUUCGUGCUCAUCGUGUCUACCGUUUUAUUCAUCACGCCCAUACUAAACGAUCCCAAGCCACAGUUUCUUAUUGGUCUGGUGUUUAUUCUGUCAGCGUUUUUGAUAUACAUUCCAUUCGUUUACCAGAAAAAGAGAUUAUCGAUUGUCGAUGACUUCACUAAGUUCAUUCAAUACUUGAUGGUAGUUGUGCCACCGGAGAAAGAUGAAGGUGGUGCCGAGGAAAAUCAUAGCGUGGAAGAUGACGAAGGUGAAACUGAAGCUCCCAUGAUCGCCGCGGUGGUGUGACAAUCGUUUUAAUAAUAAUAAUAACCUCGCUUCCGGAGUUCACGUUACUUCCGGAUGGUCGGGUUUUAUAUUACUAUACAUAAUAUGAUAUUAAUCAUUAAUUAAUUAUACGACUGUGGGAACGGAAUGCUAAUUUAAGAUUUAUUUUACGUCAUGCCCACGCGACACAUUAACGGCGAGUCUGUGAUAUUAGGAUUAACAAUUGUAUAGUCUGCUUAUAACUAUCCUCAAACCAGUCGUAUAUAUACUACAUUAAUAUUAUUAAGAAUAACACCACCUAAAUUGUAUUAAGGAAAAAGAAGUCAAUUACUACUUAUAUCAUAAUAGUUAAUAAGUAUAUUUACCUAACAUUAUGUUGUAGGUACUUAUAUAUAUAUAUAUUUAAAUUUAAAUUGUAUUUUUUAAAUUUAUUCAUCUUUUGUAUUAUUACUUAUUUAUUUAAAAUAUUUAUAUAAAAGGUUUUCGCCUGUGUCCUAUGUAUAUUUACUGAUAAUCGUUUGUAUACAAAUAGCAUAUAUUUUAUAAAUAAUGUGGUUCACAUUAGGAACGAUUUCAUUAUGGUUUUAUCAACAUUUUUUAUUUUUGAAUAAAAAUAUGUCCAAGAGACAAAAACAUUUUUUUAAUUUUUUAUGAAAUGUGUAUAGUUAUGAAUUUAAUAUCUCACAGCUUUUGGCUUGUAAAUGGUGAAUAGUUUAAUGUUAAAUUCUUGUAUGUAAAUAUAAAUAUUUAUUGUAAAAUAUAUUUUUUCGUUCUUUACUAUAAUUUAAUUUAUAUACAUAGGCGGACAUUUGAUUGAAUUUUUAGGGAGCUAUAAUAAUCCAAUAUAAAGUGACCUUCAGGGACUUCGCCCUCGCAAUCCCUUUCUAUACACAAGUAUAACAUAUUACCUUUGAUUUUGAGGGGAUAAACCCUCUAAGUCCCCCAGAUGUUCGUCUAUGUUUAUAUAUAGUUGACCAUCGCAUAUUUUAUAAUAAUAAAUAAUUAAUUCUGUUGUAAUAA